UGUCAAUCUGCUGUAUGGCUCGGCGGGGAGUUGGAUGAGUCCCCCCUCCGCUCCCGCUCAGAGCUUCUUUCCAUUCCAACCUUUCGGCCUUGGUGGAGCGUUGUUCCGGCCGAGAGGAGAGGUCCCGUGCACUUGUGCAGUACUUCUUAAUUUUCUAAGCUCCAAACAUCUGAGCAAGAGCCAUCAUGAGCGGCUCUGUGUGCUACAAGUGCAAUGAACCUGGACACUUCGCCAGAGAGUGCCAAGUUGGUGGUGGAGGUGGUGCUGGUGGUUAUGGCGGUAGCAGGGGAGGUCGUGACAAGUGCUACAAGUGCAACCGUUUUGGACACUUCGCUCGUGAAUGCAAGGAGGACCAGGACCGCUGCUACCGUUGCAAUGGUGUAGGCCACAUUGCUCGUGACUGCAACCAGAGCCCAACUGAGCCAUCUUGCUACAACUGCAACAAGACCGGCCACAUUUCCCGUGACUGCCCUGAGAGCCGUGAUGGUGGAUACGGUGGUGGUGGUAGGUCAAGCAUGUCUUGCUACAACUGCAACAAGAGUGGGCACAUGGCAAGAGACUGCCCGGAGGGCUCCAAGGCCUGCUACUCGUGCGGAAAGAGCGGUCACAUCAGCCGAGAUUGUGACAAGGAAUCACGUUAGAUGAAUUUCCUCAUCAUUCCAUCUGCAUCUUAAAUGAACAUUUCAUUUGGCUUUAAUUUUUUUUUCCAUUCACUGUUUUAACAUAAUGGAUUCAGCAUGCCGUGGUGCAAGUCUUAUUCUUUUUUUUGUUUGAGCAAUCACGGAACCCCAAUCAUGGGUGUGUAUACCUUGCCACUUACUGUGACAACUUGAGGUGUCGUUAGACUUUCGAGUUCUUGAAACGAUAUAAGACUUAAGACUGUACAAUCCUUUGACUAAGCUUAGAGCAUUGUUGUAUGAGUGAUUGUGUUUUCUCUGGUCUUGUUGGAAUGGUUUUAUGUAUGGUUAUCCUGGGAAAACCCAGAACUUGUUGAGGGCAGGAGGAAAUAAAGUUAAAUGUGAGAUA